AUGGGCGUUGCGGGACUCUGGGACAUCCUGCGGCCAGCAGGCCAAUUAAGGUCCCUCACACAUCUAUCCGUCACGGACGGCUUUGAAGCAAACCCGGACGGAAAACGUGGGUUUCGCGUCGGGAUCGAUGCUAGCAUCUGGUUCUAUCAUGCGGCGUACGGGAAAGAGGGCGAGAACCCGGAGCUGAGGACGCUGUUCUUUCGCUGCGCGCGUCUCAUGGAGAUGCCUUUCCUCCCGGUGUUUGUGUUCGAUGGCCCCAAACGUCCAGACAUGAAGCGGGGAAAGCGGAUCACAGGGAAGAACCAUUGGUUAGUGCAGGGCAUGCAGGAAAUCAUCACUGCGUUCGGCUUUGAGUGGAGGAUGGCUCCCGGAGAAGCCGAGGCCGAACUCGCAUACUUGAACCGCAUAGGCGUGAUAGACGCGGUCCUCUCGGACGAUGUCGAUACUUUCCUCUUCGGCGCGAAGAUGGUCAUUCGCAACAAAAAUGCCACACUAUCAGGAAACAAGGGACAAGACAUGAAGAACUCCGCUGGCAAGGACGACGGAAACCACGCUAUGGUCUACCGCUCCUCCGACAUCCUCAACCGCGAGGACAUCCAGCUCACCCAGGGCGGACUCAUCCUCAUUGGCGUUCUCCGCGGCGGCGACUAUUGCCAGGAGGGCCUCGAGGGCUGCGGCCCCGCUCUCGCACACGGGCUCGCGAAGUGCGGCUUCGGUGAUACACUGCUCGCGACAGCACGCACGAAGACGCGCGAGGAGCUGGAAGAGUUUUUGGACGGCUGGCGCGACGAGAUCCGCGCAGAGCUUCGUACCAACGCGCGCGGGCACCUCCCGCGCAAGAGCCCGAAGCUCUCGCGCUCGAUUCCGGACGACUUUCCGAACGUGGACGUCGUGCUCGCGUACACGAACCCGGUCACGUCCGAGGCGAAGGGUCGCGCAUAUAAGAACGCGGUUCUGAACUGGGACAAGGAGCCCGACCUGGGCAAGAUCGCGGGGCUGUGCGAGAUGUACUUCGAGUGGGGCCUGAAGGAUAUCAUCAUCAAGCGAUUUAGGAACGUCCUGUGGCCGUCUGCCGUGUUGCGUAUUCUGCGGCGGGCGGCGAUAUUGAAGGACAGGCGGGAGGCGCGGCUGGCUGGAACGAGCGGCGUGCCCGUGACCCCGCGUAAGAACGGGAAGGAGCGCCGCGCGCCGCCUGGAACGCCCUCCAGCAUGAUCGCGCGGCACUUCUCAACGAUGCGACUAGAUUCUCCGCACGGAUCUCGGGUUGCGACCUUGGACGAAGAGGACGAGGACGAAGAAGACGAGAGCCCUUUGAUCGUGAAGAUUCACUCCUCACGGCAACACGCGUCCACGGACAAGAUCCUCGAGUACCGGCUUGAAGUCGCCCCCGCGCAGCUCGUGCGCCUCUGCAAGGCCGGGCUCAAGGGCCUGCGCACUGCGGUGCCCCCGGACCUCACUGACUCCGAAGAAGACGGGGAUGAGGACGAUGAGGAAGGCGGGAAGAAGGGGAAGAAGAAGACGAAGAAGCCCCCGCCUGAUCCGGACAGUCACCUCAGGAUAUGGCUGCCGGCGUGCAUGGUCGAGAUGGUCGAGCCGGAGAUGGUGGACGAGUUCGAGGGCGUGCAGAAGAUGAAGGCGGAUAAGAAGGCUGGGAAAGGUACGGGGAAGAAGGGCGCCGCGUCCAAGGCAGCAGCAGCGCCCAGUGCGACGGCAGCGAAGAAGGGGAAGAAAGCGGCUGCGACAGUCGCCAUAGUAGAAGAGGAGGAAGAUUGCAGCGGAGAGUCUUCUGAGGCGGGGAGUAGUAAGCCCAUGCCCCCUCCCAAGGCGAAGGCGCUGCAGCCGGCGAAGAAGACUAGUAAACCUACCGCAAAAGGUUCUGGUUCGUCUGACAAGGCGAUGGACGACUUUUUCAUGGCGAAGAAGCCCACUGCAGCGGCACCGGCCAAGGCUACGAAGGUCACGACCAGCACCGCAGCGCGCGUCGCCGAUCUGUUCAAGGACAUCCCUGCGAGCCCGAAGAGAAAGGCGCAUAUACCCACAUUCGUGGACACGACAGACGACGAUGAAGUGCCCAGACCUCCCAUCCUCUCCCGCGUCUCGACGAAGCCUACCACCACAUCUUCAACCAAGUCUACAUCUCCAAGCAAGGCCCCCAGCCGCAUCCUCAGCCUUCUCGACACUACCUCGCACCCCAGCAAAUCGGAACCUUCAUCCCAAGCAGGCCCGUCAAGGCCCAAGCCCAAGGCUGCAGCAUCCGCCCCCGCCGCCCUCCCAUCGGCUUCUACAUCGGCUACUACCUCCUCCCCAUCUAAGCCGCGUACCAUACGCCCAUUCCCGAUGGUGCUCGACUUUUUCAAAGAAGACUCUCCGCAGCCGUCACCCGUCGACGAAGACCUCUUCACCAUAGACCGCGUCUCGUCUGGCUCGGGCUCUGGGUAUGGGUUCGGGUCUGGGUCGCGGUCAUCGUCUGCACGGACGCGCUCGCGCUCUACCGUCUCCUCGGACUCGGACUCCCGCGAGUAUGUGCUGCAGAAAUCACCACGGAGAUCGGAGAAGCACGCUUCACCGCGAGGGUCGCCGUCUAAAGUUGCAGCCAAGCAGAAGGUUCUUACGGUGAGGCGAGAGGAGGAAGAGGAGUCCGAUGGCAGCCGACCGCCUUCGCCAUCUCCUGUGAAGGGGCGUUUGCCGACCGCGCUGUCUGGACGAGCUACCACCGGAUGGGAAGAAGAGGAAGAGGAGUCUGAUCGUGCCCCGUCGCCAUCACCUGCACGCAAACGAGUGCUGCCUCCUUUGAACAAGCCGCUGAUCUCUCUGGGCGGUGCACGCAAGCACACGCCGUUGCCCGCAGAUCUCAGCAUCAUCUCCAUCUCGAGUGACGGUUCUGAAGGCGAGCUACCCCCAUUACCGCCACGCAAGAAAGUCGCGCCGCUGCAGCAAGUUAGAGCACGGCUGAGCAAGACCGCUUCGGCCUCCAGUUCGCGGACCACGACAUCAUUUACGACUAUGACUUCAGCAUCUACACAGGCCUCGCGGAAGCCCCCGCAACGCAUCUACGACCCGGGCGAUAUUAUCGAUCUCACAUAA